UCGGGGUUUGUUGCCAGAUGCGUUAGAACUAGCGGUGUGUUUUCAUGUCACGCAGUACACCUACAAAAAAACCCCUAAACAUUUGUCUUAAUGUCUUAAACAUUAAAGGCCGUUAAAAGAAGUUUGUUUUUAAGUAUAAUCCAGGUGGUUUGGGGUUUCCCUCAGAGCGGAAGAACACCGCCGUUUUAACUCGCGAGCUCUUAUCUUAUGUCCUGGACUCGAGAAUGGAGGUCACCGAAGCCAUGGACAGCAGCAGAACACCGCUGACGGCCCUGUUUCUCUCCCAGAGGAACAACGAAGCUGGAGAUGUGGAUUUCUCCAAACUCACUCCUUCACAGUUUGGCAUAUCGACAGACAGCUUCUUACCGUCCUCCAAGAUUAAAGAUAAAUCCAGAGUCGCUCAACUGAAGGCCAGGAGGAGAUCCACAAUCGGGGUCCGGGGCUCUCCGGAAACAAACUCUCUGAUCUGCUUCAGAGCCAAGCAAGCUGCGAAAACGCCUCCGCGAACGCCACAGCUUUUGCAGGGGAGUCCGUUUCUUUCACGCUGUGACUCUCUGAAGAAGAAGAUGGCCGCUUUCCAGUGCUUGAUGGAGGAGGACGAAGAGAAGGAUGAACGGAAGAGAAACGAGGAGAAGGAGGGUGACAAAAGCACUUCGGCUAAAGAUGGCAAGAACGGGAAGGAGAACACGGAGGCUACACACAGCCCACCCACUUCUGUGACGCCGCCUCCUUCUAAGAAACGCUGCCGGGCCUCGCUGAGGGAGUGUGAGGACAAGAUUACCGAGACGCCACUCCCCUACUCCACCUCCACAACACCACAGGAGCAAGGGAUGAGAUGCUUUGAGUCUCAAAGCCAGACGGCUCCAUCAGACUUGGAUUCGGAUGCAAAGAAUGAGCUUCUGUCUUUACCCAUGCUGUCAAAACCAGACGUUAAGCCAGCAGAUGAGAACGUGGCAUCUUCUGUAUGUAAGAAGAAGCGUGUUCGUUUCGGGGCUCCGCUCUCUCCAGAGUUCUUUGACAAAACUCUCCCUCCCAGUACUCCCCUACAGAAAGGAGCCACUCCACAGUGUCCUCCGUCAUCUACGGGCCCCAAACGCUCUCUGCUGAAGACCCCUCAACGCUCUGAUCCUCUUCCGCAGCCUGACUUCAGUAGUCCUCAGAGCAGUGGAGCCUCUCCUGUCCUGGUCAUCAGCAGACACUGUGCUGGACUGGUGUAUAAUGAUGAGGUAUUUGAAGAGACCAAGAAGAUCAGUUUUCCCGUUAUGGAGGACGAGUCUCCCUCAAAAGAACCUUCGGAGGAUUGCAAAGAUGCUCUCUCUGCUGAGGACCCAGGGCAGCCCCAGGCUGAAGACGUUGAAGUUAUGAAUGCUGCUUUUCAAGAGGAAGAGGAUGUACCAUUAAAUUCACAGGCGGAGGAGAAACUGCCACGUCCCGCUGGUGAUCAGCCACUGGCUCUCUCCGCAGUAGAUGAUGACCAGGAGUCUUCUGUGAGCUCUAAACAGACUCGUUCAUGUAACUCCAGCACUAAACCAACUCACUCUCGCUGUAGGAAAAGAAAGCAACCAGGGGAGAAUGAGUCCGAGCACAGGAGAAGCUCGCGUGCAACAGCAGCUUCUGCUUCAGGAAAGAUGAAGGAGACGUCGAGAGUGAAAAGAAGAUUUGGUAAUAAGGAGGUGGAUUGUUCUCUGUAUGGCAAAAGAGACUAUGCCUCAAAAAACCCUCUUCUCAGCCCUAUAUUUGAGACGACGUCUGCCGGUCUCAGCAGCACGCCGACACAGCCUCAGUCAGGAAAACAAAUAGAUGGAGAUCAAGACUGCGUCCGGACUCCCUGCGUUCCCCACAGCAACACCUUUCAUCCCAUGGUAAGUGUGGAAGCUGCCCGUACACGGACCAGUGAAAGCUCGGAGACUCGUGAGGAAGUUGGCGUUCAGGAUCCUGCAGAAAGAGGAAAGUCAAAGGCUUCCAAAGCCAGGCGCGAUUCGGGGAGACCGGUGCGAAAACGUAGAUCAGGUACACACAAAAGAAAAGAGCUUGGCGGUCCAGAGAUUAGCUCUAGGGAACAAGAUACUGAGUGCUCUGAGAACCGAGAAACUGAGGCUUUAAUAAGCUGCGUGCUACCGAAUGGAGACUCCACGGACAUUGAGAGUUCGGAGCAGAAGACGCUGAGCGAUAAAAAACAUGCACCGGUCCAGCAAGCGCCGAAAAGCCCUCGUGGAAAGCUGGUAGAGGAUUCGGUUGAGAGAGAUGCUGAUAGUUUGGCUCCCUGGCAGCAGAUGGACUUCAACAUCGACGACAUCCUGAAACCCGUGGUGAAGAGUCGAGGUUCUGUGCGGCGCAGCCUGAGGAACCGGAGGAGCGUGGACCUCCAGGCCGUGGGCUUGGCCUGGGUGGAGCACACGUCUCCUGAGCUGAGCAGAGCGAGCCGGAGGAAGACCCGAGGACGACUGAGCGGAGUCUCUGAGGCUCUUCUCUCUCAGACCUCUGAGGAACCAGCUCCAGACUUCACGCAGUAACUCUCCUCAGUCGUUAGUGUGUCAGGUAGCCGUUUAAUUACUGUCAAAUGAACUUCUUAUACUGCUCUCUUCUUUUAAAUGCCUUUUUUAUAGCAUUUUAUAGCGUUGAUGGAAGAAACCUGCUCUUAAGAAGAUUGCGUUAUUGUUAGGUUACUUCUAAUCAUUAAAUCUUCUCUUGGGUGAAUGGUUUGCUGUUUGAAGAUGAUUUUCCUGUCCUAAUCUUGUGUUCUUUUACAUAAAUGCUAAAUCCUAAGAUUGCUUUGUUUUAUUGUUUUAAAUUUGCCUACUUCUCAAUUCGGUGACACAAUACAACAUUUGCAUCCAAA